AUGUCGAAUCCGACAAGAGAGGCGCUUGGGCCCACAGGCUCUCCCAGAGGACACGGACGCAGACGCGGACUCGGAGAUGCGAGAGGUCGACGUCGAGGUCGAGGGCAUGAUACUAUCAUUGCAGAUGAACGUGAUAGCGAACGCGCACAACUACGAACCAUCUCCCAUGAAACUAAAUUGAUCAUCCCGAAUAUCCUGCACGCGUCCAAGUCCAGCGCUGUAUUAAGGGAAGGGUUCCUUUACCAAUCUCCUACGACCCCUCCUCGCCUGGACCAGAAGCUCUGUCCUAAAUUCGCAGGGACCAAGAUCCAGGUCGCGGACGCAGAUACCUUCGAUGCCGCUAUCCAGCUGCUCGGCGAUAGCAACACUAGCCAGACGGGCUCCCUAACGGCACCCGUCGCUGUCCUGAACAUGGCUAGUCCUUCUAACCCGGGUGGUGGCUGGCUCAGUGGCGCUCGAGCGCAGGAGGAGGCACUUUGCAGACGCAGCACUCUCACUGCAUCCCUUAAACAAUCAUUCUACCCGACACCUGCCAAUGCGGUGAUCUACAGCCCGGCCGUCAUUAUAUUUAGGAAGAGUGUCAAGGACGGCCAUGGAUUAAUGGACUUGUCGGACACGGGUACACUCCCUCUUGUCAGCGUUAUAUCCAUGGCAGCACAGCGUCGCCCGGAGGUGAUCAGGGGUGCCGAUUCAGCCAUGAAGUUUGCAAAUCCCAACGAUCGAAAUCUCACCAAGGAGAAAAUGCGCAUCAUUCUGCGACUCUCUGCGUGGAAAAGACAUCGGAAAGUGGUUUUGGGGGCGCUUGGGUGUGGCGCAUUCAGAAACCCAGCAGAGGAGGUUGCUGACUGCUGGGCAGAGGUAUUUUCGGAGCCUGAGUUCCGCGGUGGUUGGUGGGAGAAGGUGGUGUUUGCUGUGAUCGAUGAGACGGGUCUGGGGAUACAUGGGAAUGGGAAUGUUGGAAUAUUUUUCAGGGCGUUGGAUGGCAUUGAUAUAUGAUGCGGCUUCCACUGAUCCGCUGUCAUUUAUCUAUUUGUUUAUAUAGCUUACUGGUGCGCGGUGCAUGAUGAUACCAAUACAGGCGGGCCUCAACUCUGACUCUUAACUUACUGCGUACUUUAUAAUACGGCAAUGGAUGAGUCCAGAUUCUUCAUGAUGCUAAUGCGAGAUUGGCUAAGCUGAACCUACUAAAUCUGAACUCCAGCUCCACUUGCGAACUACGCAAAUUUCCAAGCUUGGGAAUCUACUACCCUUGGUUACUACUACUCCUUACUCCUCGUAUAAUUAUUCUCUCCCGUCUGAGUCGCUGUCUUCUCUUGCCACGCUUCCAGUUAUUAUCUC